CUCGCUGUCAGACAGACGGCAGCUCACAACCGCGCUGCUGGUGCUGCUGGUGCUGCUGCUGCUGCUGUUGCUGAUACCGUGAUAGACGAGAAGUUGAUCGAGGCGGACGGUUGGGCCGACGGACGGACGGACGGGCCGAGGGAUAUAUAGAUAGACAGAGAGGGACAGAAAGAGGGAGGGAAGGACGGAAAAGAGGGACAGGGGAGACGCAGACGGCCUCGAACUGUCGACGGACGAGGGCCGGGCCUUCGAAUUGUACUCGCAGUUUUUUGAAGAGAGAGGGAGGGAGAGAAAUAGAGGAAAAAAACAAGUUUUCGAAACCCCGAUCGAUCGCUUCGUUCUAAGAAAAUUGACAGCAACGAGGCCGAUAGGAUCGGACGACGCACGUUUAAAAGGGCGAAAUAGAGGAGGACGAAAUCGAAAUCGUUUAGUUCAAGUUUAAACCGGUGCCGUCGUAGCAUAAGGACGUCCGUUUGAACCUGCCAAGGAUACGCUGGGCACUCGAAAGGACCAGGCAUGAGCACGGGGGAGCCUGCCGGCGAGGGGGGAGGGGGAGGCGGCGAAUCGACUCCCGGGGGCGACCAGAGCGCCGGCACGACGCAGACCGGGGCCCAAAUCCACCCCCCGCCUUCGCCCCUGAGCGGCUGCUACCUCCUCGUGGUUUUGCCGGAACCGCACACCGCACAACACAAGGAUUUGAUCAUUAACCGUCUUGCGAAAGGAUUCCUUUCGUGGGAUAAAGAUAGUUGUCAUGUGGACUUGGAGAAGGAAUUGCAGGCUUUGGUUACACAAGCGCCGGAAGGAGAAGAAGCCCGAAAUGGUGAGCGACUGAUUCAGUACGCGACGGAGAACCUCGUGACGGAGGUGCUGAUACACCCGCAGACGAACACACUGCUUCAGUGUAUCCGCAACCUCCUCGCUAGCUUUACCAAACAUAGACACAUCAUUCACGCCGGCUAUACGUUCAGCGGAAACGGUUCCUGGAUACUGCAGGAUGGAACCUUCAGCCUGGCUGACUUCUUGGACGCCUUCGGCGAGCAUGAGGUACAGCGGGUUCUUCGCGCGUACGAGAACAGCGUCACCGUUGACAUACAUUGCGCGGGUGUCGGCGACUGGACGACUUCACGACUGUCGAAGGAAGCCUGCACCAGGUCAUGCAGAGUUCGAGUAAAUCCAGAUGACGUUCUCACCGCCGGGGUUCCGGCAAUAUCAAGCUUCACAAAUUAUGUUGGACAGUAUCUAAUUGCCCAGACGUUGGAUCAGCUGAUGGAGCCGUCGGAUGUCGUCGGUAACAUCCGGUUCAGCCACCCAACUCUCUACGUAUUCCCCGGCGGGCAGGGUGACGCUGCCCUCUUUGGAAUAAACGGGUUCAAUAUGCUAGUCGACGGUGGCUUCGCCCGGAAGGCCUGCUUCUGGGACUUCGCCCGGCACUUGGAUCGCCUCGACGCGGUACUUCUAACCAGAGUUAACAACAGUAACAUCGGCGGUAUGUCGAGCGUCUUGCGGAAGAAACAGGAAAUGCACGUCUACCCCCAGAUUGGACAUUUCUUUUGCAAUUUGGUGGAACGACGACAGGCAAACUCUCCAGACGGCGACAAGGAUGUCGAUCCGUUGAUAUUGAACCUGACUGAUCUUGGCCAGGAAAUGAUGGUCAAUCUUCGACACAUCAACCUGCGAGCUCAUCCCUGUUACAGGGACUUAGAUCCCAUCAAUCUUUACCAUAAGGUGGGUCAUGGUACCCUCGAUAUGUAUGUUUUGAGCCCGAGCAAGGACACUCGAGAAGUCAGGGAGUUCCUUACAAAGUGGCAGAAUUCAGACUCUAAGCUGUUCGCUGGAUCCCACAAAAAGGACUCGAAUAACUUGACGUUUCCGAUACAAAAUUUGGUCUCAAUCUGUGCGCUGGUAGUCUGGCAGCCGGCUAACCCUGAGGAUACAAUAACGAGAAUAUUGUUCCCCGGUAGCACGCCGCAGAGUAAAAUAUUCGAAGGAUUGGAACGGCUAAAGCAUCUGGAGUUUAUGAAACGGCCUAUUUGCACGGCCAAGAAUUUAUCGCCCUCGGCUUCGCUCGCUGCUCUCAAAGAGAAGUCGAACAGACAGAAGACGUCGAUAAUUGAGAAAAGUAUAGACAAGGAUAAGGAUAAGGAUAAGGAUAAGGAUAUUAAGAGAAUUUCGGACUAUAGGAAGGAGAAGAAGGAAACUUCUGAACCAAAGACUGUUAAAGGGGUUGAGGAACCCACUGCGAAGCCGGCCGUCACCUCGACACCAAUCAUUCCAACAAAGCAGCCGGCUAAGGUAGACGUGAAGGCUAAAAAGGUUGUAGAAAAUAAGAAGAUAGAGAAGGAAACGAUUAAAACGGAGAGUAGAAAGAUAGAAAGGGAUCUGAAGGAGGUUAAAAAGGACGGCGCAAAGAAGGAGGUGAUUAAGGUAGAUAAGCAUGACAGUGAAACGAAAAAGACUGAUGUAGUUAAAACGGAAACUGAAAAGACUGUAAUUACUAAAGAAUCGAAACCAAAACCCGAGCCAAAAAAGAAGGAUAUUAAAGAAGCUAAAACACUUGUUAAGACUAAGGUAGAACCGGUUACCAAAACGGCAGCUAAAUCGGCAGCUGAGAAGAAACUCAAGCCAUCCAUUGAUAAGAAAGACGUCAAAUCGUCCCCAACGACUCCGAAAAAAAUUGUCAAUGGCACUGCGACCAAGACGGAAAUCACAAAGACCAGUACCAGAACUGUUUCAAAAACAACUUCCAGAACAGUGUCGGCGAUGCCGGCAAAAAGUGCGAAGGACGCGACGAACCGCAAGGUCGUCGAAUCUAAGAACAUCGCGUUGUCGUCGGCGCCGGCAACCACCGGUGCGAAGACACCGUCGGUCGUUGCUAAACCAAAAUCAACGGAGCGGAAACCGAUAAGCAGACGAACGCGAACCGGGAGUCCAAUAAAGCAGCGACUGCCUGGCAGUCCCGCUAAAUCAACGCGAAGCAUCCCGGCGUCAUCUGUCAAGUCGGAGAAAGAGGGGAUUAUCCGGCGACCGAAGAGUGACAAGGGAACGACGGAUUCUUCCGCCAUUUCGACGCCUCCGGUAGUCGAACCUGAGAGUGUUAUUAAACUGGCCGACAAGAGUCUGACCGAGAAGUCUGAUGACAUUUCCGUCGAUUCCAUAGAAAGUAAGGUACUCGCUGACCUUAAAGAAGAGCGGGAAGUUGUCGAGGAGAUCGAGGCUGUGCUCAGCAAGGCGGAGAGAAACGAAAUCGCUCGCAAGGAGGACCAGCUUGAGGGUGAUGAUGAAAUAACCGCCGAGGCUACUGACAAGAAGGAAGAUGACGUGACGGAGGAAGACGUCACUGCCGAGAUAGAGGAUGUGCCCAAGAAAAUGGACUCCCGAAAGGAAAGUCAGGAGUUCACCGAGGAGGACGAGUACUUGAUUGUUGAAAAGGAGGAAAUUUAUACAGAAGAUUCUGCCGCUCUGAGUGGCGAAGGAGAACAGAAACAUUUCCUCGAUGAAGUCGAGUCUGAGAAGGUGAACAAGUAUGGAGUAUCCAAGGGCAUGGACCUACCCGAAGAGGAAGAAGCGAAGGAGAAAGACGAGACAGAGGAGAAGGAGAAAGACGAGCAGCCGGAGAAGAAACUACUGUUUCAGGAUGAAGAGGAAAAGAAAAAACCUGCGGAUAUGUCGCCGGUGCAUAAAGUCCAGCUUGAGGGUCAGGUCAAGGACAUUAUUGCAUCCGCGACAGACAUAGUCCAGAAAACGGACGACCGUGAUGAUUCUAGGAAAAAAGACAGCGAAAACGUUACGAAGGAGCCGUCAAGCUUGAGUCCAGACAAGCUUGAUUCAUCGGAGAAGAAGACUACCGACACAGACCUGAAACCAGAAGCUGAUCAGAAAGAUCAGAUGCCUGAAAAACUUGAAGAAUCCCAGGAUCGCGUUUCCACUUUGGAAUCCGGAGGAACGACGACAGCUCCGACGUUGCCGGAAGAUGAACGGAUUCCAUUGGAUGAGAUAAAAGAAGACGUUGACGAGAAACACGUAAAGGAAGAAGUUAAAGAGAAAGAAGUUGAGCUAGUCAAGGAGAAGGUACCUGCAGUUCCACCUCCCGUGCCAAGCGUAAUGAUGAAAAGUUUUCUCAUUCGUGAAACGAUACCUGCUGUUCAGAGAGACAUUGUUAAAACACCGGAUGAAGUUGCCGAUCUUCCCGUACAUGAAGAGGUUGAUCCGAAACUUUACGACAUGGAAGAAUUCGACAAAGCUAAGGACGAAAAGGUACCCCAAACUCCGGAGGCUAAAGAGCCCCCUACACCUCCGAUAAAAGAACAAAAAGGAAUGUUCAGUUUCUUCGGCAAGGUUGCCGACAAGUUUGAAAAGGGUAUGGACAAGCUGACUGGAAAGUCCAAGAAAGAUACGGAGAAGGAGACUGAUGAGAAAUCGUCAAAGUCGAGUUCCCCGAAGGAGACGAAACCUCAAGAAAGGACUGAGGCCGUGCAAGAAAUUGACAUGGGGAAAGUUUUUGCCAAGGUUGGAAAGAUCGAGCCUCACGACACUUUCGAGAAGGCAAAACCACAGGCUCCGGCUGACAUUAAAGUUGCUGCCAUAAAAGAGACGGCGUCAUUUUUACAGCAGGAGAUAAGAGAAAGUAAAAUAGACACGGCACCUGGAAUAGAGACUGAUAUUCCAGCUGGCGUAGAGGGCGUCAAAACGUCUCUGCAUGCAGAGACAUUGCUCAGUGAUAUCCAGAAAGAUAUCGCUCCGGUAUUGGAUGCAGGAAUUGAUAGUUUGGCGAAGAAGCAACCGUCGGUGAAAGAUGAUGUCGUCGGUGAAGAUCUUGCCGAAGAUACUAAAGAGGUAGAAGCACUGUUAGAGGAAGCGUCCAAAAAAUUCGUCACGGUUAAAGAUAGCCUGAGAGACUCUCUUGAAUCUUUGGAGGAGAAAAUCGCAGAACAAAUCAUCGAUGAAGUACAGCCAAUAAGUCCAAAAGACUCGGUCAAGAGCACGCUGACGGGAGUAGUAGAAAAAUUAGAGGGAAUCAAACCACUCGUUGAUGACGUUGUCGCUGCGGACUCUAAAGAGCCGGAAAGAGUGAAAUUCGAAAUCCCAAGGGAUGAUGAGGAUGCUGACGAUGACGGAGAUGCUUCCGAAGAAUACGAGGGCCCUGUGAGAGAUCUUAAGGAAGCGGUCCGAGAUGUGGGCGAAGUGUUGGCUGGCACGGCCGGCAUUGUAAUCGACGAUAAGCCGAAAGACGUGAUUGAAAUAGUAAAGAAGGUCGCUGAGGUGCUGAAAGAGGACAACUUUUUGUCGGAGCAAGCUCUUUUCGAAACGGUUAGUCCAAAAGCUAUAAAAUCUGAAGAAAUCACUCCGACAAAGCCUGAAAAAUCUGCUGACCUUAAGCCGAUGAUCGAAGACAUAAUUAUGCCGAAAAAAGUGGGAGUUACAGAGGAACUUCCUCCUCAGGAAGAGAUCGAGGAAAUGCUGGAAGGUGGAAUUGCCAGACCUCUGCCAGAUUACGAGAGAGCCGGUGGAAUGGAAGUGGAGGAAGAGCCGUUCGUGAAAAUGGUCAAAGAUACCAAGGUCGACUUGACCUCACCGAUCAACGAUAAACAUCCUAUUGGUGAAGAUGUGCACGAUUUGUGCUCACAGCUGAUGGAUGAUACGAAAGAUAAGAAAGUAGUCACUCCGAAAGAGUCUCCAAAGGAGCAUGAAGGGAAAAUUGACGUAAUGGAGGCUGGAAUAGAAGAAGUAUGCACAAAGAAAGUGGCAAAGCGAGAUGUGUCCGAAGAGGGCAUUCAUGAAGCUGAAGACGACGAAGUUGAACAUCCCGAGAUAUUGUUUGAGCAGAAAUUAUCACCGGCACAAGCCGAACUUGUAAUGGUGACACCGGAUACAGCCCCAACAUCACCAAAAUUUACUAGUGAUAAAAUUUACGACAAAGAAUUGGAAGAUGCUGUCAGCGAUGUUUCUAAGGUUCCUGGAAUACCGAAGGAUAUUGAAGAGUUCAUCAGCAGUAAGGCUGAUGUUUACGAUAUCGUUGAUGAAGUGAUUAAAAAGGGUAAAAAAAUAACUAUAGAAAUCAUUGAAUAUAUUGUGAUUGUAAAGAGAGUCUCGAGAGAGCAUGUGAUAUACAUUAUUGAAGAGAUUAUUAUAAAUAAAGGUAUUCCUCCAGAAAGUGUGGUAGAAGAUAUUGAAAUUCUCAAAGGUCAGGACUCCGACGAUCUGAUGAUAUCCUCGGUAAAACGAGUUGAAAUCGAAGAAUAUAUUAUAACCGAAUACAUAAUGAAAGGUAAAAAGAUAACUGUACAAAUAAUAGAAGAAAUUGCAAUCAAAAAAGUUGUUCCUAAACGAGUUAUCAUUGAAAUCAUAGAAGAGAUAAUCAUUAAAAGAAAAAUAUCCAGAGAAUCAGUCUACGAAAUUGUUGAAGAGGAAUUUAUCAAACAGGUCAGGCCGAUCUACGACGAAUACGAUAGGGAGCCCUCUGAAAAAGCGCCAGUUACAGUUGAUAGUAAAAACGAACAUGUAAUCGGGGCUGAAAAGCCGGAGAUAACAGAUGAAAAAUUGAGUCCGAAACAUAUAACUCCUCCAGAAGUAAAAGAAGUAUUGCCAAAGGCAGAUCAAGCAAAAACUCUAGAAGAAGUUUCGAGUCCACCAGAAACCUCAAAAGAGAAGGAUGCACCGUUUUUCGAUGAAAAAGACUUAGAUGAAGGUAAACUGUUCGACGAUUUCGUAAAUAUUCCUUCCAAGGAUGUAGUGAUCAAUUUCCUACACGAAGAGCGAAGACUGUCACAUGAAGAACACGUUACUGGAAAGAAGGAUUCUUCCAAAGAAUUCUUACCAGCUUCGAAAACGGAAGUAACUGAUGACACAACAAAAGAUUCAGGCGAUGAUUUUGAAGCUGUAGAACAGGAAUACAAAGUUCACGAUAUCACAACGACUACUGCAACGACGUUCCAUGGAAUAUCUGAUUUCAAACAAAACGAUGAAGUGUUGGAAGCCGUUGAAGAUAAUUUAGAUGAAGUUGUUGAAGCAGCUGAAAAGUUCGUUGAAGAAACCAAAGAGAAGCCGGUGGAUUUAAAAGAGACUCCUGUUUCUGAUGAAGUCACUCAUAAAGCCCCGGAAUCUCCUGUCAAGUCCAAAACUCAAUUGAUUCCUGGUGUUAAGGAUGACAAAACUCGCCCAGACACCCCUGAUGAGAAAGUCAGUUUUGCAGAGAGCAAAUUAAAAGAUGUUAGCGAUGAAGCAGACGAUGACAGUGUGUCUAAUGUCACUUCACUAAUUGCCUCAGAAAUUUCGAUAACCACGGAAAAAUACCUUGACGAGGCCAAAGAGAAGCCAACGGUUAUCACGAGUUCUGUUCCCGAAGAGCUGAAGGACGCAAAAAAAACUCUUGAUGACGUUGAACACAUUAUCGCGGAUGUGUCGGACAAAAUUUACGACACCAAGAGUCCGUCUGAAAAAUUGGAUAAACCUGAACCUAAGACUAGUGAUAUUUUACAUGAAAUCAAGACAGACGAUCAUGCCUUAAAAACGAUUACUGAUAAACAAAUCGUUGAUCUGAAAGGCGAGGUGAAGGAACCGUUAAAAGAAGAGGAGACACACGUCAAAGACGAUAAAAUUAGAUCCCCCGAAAAUGAUAAGGGAUAUAAAAUUGAGCUUACGGACGACCUAAAAAAGGAAUUGAGUACCCCUAAGGGCAAAGAUAUCGAGAAUGCGAUAUCAGAAAUUACUCCAGACUCCAAGAAGCUGAUUGGAGAACAAAAAUCUGACGUUGACGCUAAUGAUGCAAAAGACCACAUCUCACCAGUCGGUGAAAAAAUUGAGCUCGUAGACAGGACGACCCCCGAACCUGCAGAUAUCCAAAAAACCAUCAGUCAACAUAGUGUAAAAGAUGAAAGUGAAACUCCUGUUGAUGUAACGAAAAAUACUCGGGAAGUCUCGGAGAAGACAGACGGAUUAAAGGACAAAGAGAUUGUUCCUGAGAUGGCAGGUGUUAAAAUACUUGACACAAGUGAAAUUGUAGAUCUGAAGCAACUGGGCGAGGCUUCCGAAAAACAAACACAUUCUCCAAUCGACGCUGCUGAUACAAAGUUUGUGGAUAGCAGCUGUUUUAAUAUAAUUGAGCAAGAAAUUCCGCAAGCUCCAGUGAAGCAACCAUUGGACGCGGAGCAUAGAUUAGAAGACAAAUUGAUAAAACCGAAACCCUUAGAUGACAGAGCGAGAGAUGCUGACAUUAGUGACGAAGAACCCCAGCAUAUUGCUAGGACGACGCGAUCAAUUACAGAAGAUUUCCUGGAUUCUGAGAUCUUGAAACCAAAGGAUAUUGACUCGAAACCUACAGAACUCGUGAAGAAACCUCUCGAUGUAACAUCGAGUGCACAAGAGAAUGAAAAGGUUGAACCAAUGGAUUUAGGAAAAUCAGAAUCACUUCCUGAAUCAACGCAGAAGCCCGAAAAGGUGGGAAAAAGUUCGGGAGUAGAAUCGAAAGAUGUGGAAGAUGACGAAGAUGACAAGGAAUCUAGCACUGUACGGCGAAUGGUUGUUACUGCCAGCAGCGAGGACGGUGGUGACGAAACAGAGCUUUGCCCAACGGGCAGCAUCACAUUUGUAAAAUCUGUUACUCCAGAAGAUUCUUUGAGAGAUAUUUCCACAAAGUCAACUCCGAACACAGACUCAUUGCAACUGGAAAAAGAUUCUUUGUUUUCUGGGAAAAGCUCACCAGAAAAGGAUAGCAUUUCCGAAAAGUCUGUGUCAGAAUUAAAAGAUGAUAAGGUAACUCCUGAAGAUAGUCUUGAAAAAUCCGUCGCUAAAGAAAUGAAACCAGCCGUUUCUGAAGAUACAACUGCCAAAUCACCGACUGAAGCUACGCAAAAGGUGCACGAGGAAAAAGCCUCUUUACCUUCGGAAAAAAUUUCUGAGAAGCCAACAGAAAAAAUUUUGGAGAAACCAACACAAGAAGCUCCGCUUAAGUUAACGGAUGAACUGAUGGAGAAAUUGACGGACAAAAUUCUCGAACCACCGACGGAUAAGUUGAAACAACAAGUACCCGAAAGUCCAACAAAAGACUCUCUGAUUAAGGAAGCGCAAAUACUUCCAGCGAAAUCAGAUGAAGAAUUUUCUGAACAGCUGACAGAAAAAAUUCCAGAGAAACUAAUACAAGAAGCUUCCGAAAAUUUGGCAGAUACAAUUGUGAAUAAAACAACAGAAAAUGUUGAAGAUCUACUUACAGACAAAUUGAAGGAUGAAAUUAUGGAAAAGCAAACGGAUGAGAUUCCGAAAAAGCCGGCAGAAGCAAUCCCAGAUAAAGCAACUGAAAAACUUUCCGAAAAGAUAACAGAAAAAAUUCCUAAAAAACUACCGGCGGAGGUUUGCGAGAAGCCACAGUCCGAAGUUCCAGGACAGAUUACCGAGGAGAUUCUUACAAAACCAACCGAGACCAUUCCGGUUAAGUCAACCGAAACAACUUCCGAACAAUUAACGGAUAAGCUUCCGGAGGAACUGAAGGAAAGCGUUUUGGAAAAGCCAGCAGCGAAAUUCACUGAACCGUUGGAGAAAGUCGAAGAAAAACCGAAGGAUGAAGUAACAGAAAAACCAAAAGAAGAGGUUACAGAAAAGCUGCAGGAAGUAACUCCAGAAAAAGUAACAGAAAAAUUGACUGAUCAGCCAAUCGAGAAAAUUACAGAACAGCUGAGGGAAACUGUUCUAGAGAAACCAUCAGGGAAACCCACCAAGCAAUCGGAGGGUAUGGAAAAACUGCAGGAUGCAGGACUAGAAAAAUUAACGGCGGAGGUUUCUGAAAAACCGAAGGAAGCAGUUCCAGAAAAAAUCACAGAAAAGUCACCUGAGCAGCCGAUCGAAAAGAUUCCAGAACAGCUGAAGGAAGAAGUUACCGCGAAAUCAAUUGAAAAAGUGUCUGAGCAGCCGUGCGAAAAGAUUCCAGAGAAACUUGAAGAAGAAGAAAAACCAGUAGAAAAAUUGGCGGAGCAUCCGCAAAAGAUUUCAGAAAAGUUAACGGAAGAAAUUUCAGAUAAAAUAGCCGAAAAAAUUACUCCUGAAAAGCCGACGGAGAUUCCUGGACUGAAAUCACCUGAGCCAACCCAUUCAGAAGAAAUAUCUCCAGCCAGCACAAUCUUCGAGAAAUCGCCGGGUGAGAUGUAUCCGGAAACAGUAGAAAAAGAAACAACGGAUACGUUGGCUGAGAAAGAUCGUGAAGACAAAUCUCCAACUGCGAAACCUAGUACCGUCUGUGAAAAAUUGGAAGUAAAAGAUUCUACUGUUGAGGCACCAAAGGACAAGUCACCGAUAUCUGAAAAGGCAGCUGAUGAACUCAAGUCGUUCAGCGUCGCUCCCGAUGAGUUGGAACUACAGGACACGCCCGAAGCAGAAACAGAACAGAAAGAAAAACCCUUAUCUCCCACAGUUGAUGAAAAAAUGGUGAUAUCCACCUUGCCUAGUAUUGCUCCACAGAAGCCAGAUGCCGAACACGUUACUUCCGAGAAGUUAGAGAAACAGAAAUCUCCAUCUCCAACGAGCGGAAAAUCAAUAGACGUACUUGAAUCACCUGGCGUCCCCUCGGACAAACAGAAGGAAGAAGAUAUCCUCUCUGGUGAAUUACCGAAGGAAAAAUCUCCAUCUCCAGAAACUGAUAAAUUUCGAUCACCCAGUAUUACCUUUGGGAAAUUAGAUCAAGAAGAUGCUGCUCCUGUUGAGCUACAGAAAGAUAAGGUGUCGACGCCAACUAUGGAUGAAACAGCUGAUAAGUCACGCUCACCUAGCUUGACUUCGAACAAAUUAGACGAUAAACAUGCGCCGGUAGACAAAAUCUCCGAUGAGAAAGCUUUGGAGCUUACUAGCGGAGUAAAAACUGAUGACCCUACAAUUCCCGAAAAGAUACAUGAGAAAGAUACACCGGGCGAUGAAAUGCAUAAAGACCAAACACCGUCGCCAGCAUCUGACAAAGAAUCGAAAACGCCAAGCGAUGUUUCUGUAAAACUAGACGAAAAAGAUAUUACGGUAAGUCCGGAGCAGAAGGAUAAGUCUACGUUCCUACCGACUGAUGAUAAAUCCCAAACGCCUAGCGUUUCAUCGGAAAAAACAGAGGCACAAGUUGAUGAGUAUCUAACGCCCAGCAUUACCACAGAUAUGUUGGAGAAAAAAAGAGUUCCUGAAGAAGAAGCGUCAAAAGACAAGUCUCCGUCUCCCUUGGCUGACGUCAAACCGGAUCAGUCUCACAUACCUAGUCUGAUUGCAGAGAAAUCUAUUGAAAAAGUUUCAUCUGAAGAUAGAUCUCCGUCACCGACUACAGGUGAGGUAACGGAGGAAACUGGAAAGCCCAGAAUCAAUGCUGAAAAGUUAAUUGAGAAGGAAAUUCAUGAUGAUAAAUUAGACAAGGAUAAAUCUCCUUCUCCAACCACUGACAAAGAUGCUGACAAAACCAGGAAACCUAGUAUAACUUCUGGAAAAAUAGAUGAGCAAGAUGUGCCACAUUAUAUUCAGGACAAAUCUCCCUCCUCAACUGCAGACCAUGACGCUGAAAAACUGCGUAAGCCCAGCAUCACUUCUGACAAGCUAGAUGACAAAGAAACUUCUGACGUGGAAAUGCAGAAGGAGAAAUCCCCAUCUCCUAUCACUGAUUUGAAAAAAGACGAAGCUCAAGAGCCAAAAGUCACUCUCGAACAGCCUGAUGACAAAGAUGCUCCUCAAACAGAGUUACCCGGGGAUAAAUCUCCUUCUCCAACCACUGAAAAAGUCACGAUUGAUUCGCAAAAGCCCAGUACUACUUCUGAAAAACUGGAUUACAAGGAUCAAAAGGAGAAAUCUCCAAUCCCAGCAAGUUUAACAACUCUGGAUAAACAAGAUACACCAGAUGAGAAAAUACUGAAAGAUUCCCCGUUAUCAGUCUCACACGCAGAAACAGAGGAAAAGUUCCCUAUUCUAAAUACAGAUCGGGUUAUAGAUCAAAGUCGCAAACCCAGCCUCACAGCUGAUGAUAAGCCAGAUGAUAAGGUACACCAAGAUAAAUCUCCUUCUCCCACUUCUGGCCUAGACACUUCCAAAUCUCGAAAACCCAGUAUACCCUCCAAUAGACCAGAUGAAAAAGAUAUUCUCGAUGACGAAUUGCUAAAGGAUAAAUCUCCAUCGCCAUCGAGUGAUAAAAUAAGUGAUAAGUCUCGGUCACCAAGUAUCGCUGCUGAGAAACCAGACGAAAAAGAUAUCUCAGAAAGCAUGGUACACAAGGAUAAAACCUCAUCCCCAACAAUCGGUGACGAGAUUGAGAGUCAUCCUAGAACUCCGAGCAUCAGUUCAGGUAAAUUGGACUAUGACGACACUCCGGAUGCAAAUGUAAUUAAGGACAGGUCUCCAUCUCCAUCGACUGAUAAAAUAAAUGAUAAGUCUCGGUCACCAAGCAUUGUUGCUGAUAAACCAGAUGAAAAAGAUAUCCUAGAAAGUAAAGUAUCCGAAGACAAAACUUCAUCCCCAACAAUCGGUGACAAGAUUGAGAGGCAUUCUAGAACUCCGAGCAUCAGUUUAGAUAAAUUGGAGGAUGAAGACAUUCCCGAUGCCAAAAUAAGUAAGGACAGAUCUCCAUCUCCAUCGACUGAUAAAUUAACUGACAAGUCUAGGUCACCAAGCAUCGCUGCUGAGAAACCGGACGAAAAAGAUGUCCUAGAAAGUAAAGUAUCCAAAGACAAAACUUCAUCACCAACAAUCGGUGACAAGAUUGAGAGGCAUUCUAAAACUCCGAGCAUCAGUUCAGAUAAAUUGGACGAUGAGGAUUCUCUCUAUGCAAAUACAAUUAAGGACACAUCACCAUCUUCACCGACUGAUAAAAUAAGUGAUAAGUCUCAGUCACCAAGUAUUGUUGCCGAGAAACCAGACGAAAAAGAUAUCCUAGAAAGUAAAGAAUCCAAAGACAAACCUUCAUCCCCAACAAUCGGUGACAAGAUUGAGAGGCAUUCCAGAACUCCGAGCAUCAGUUCAGGUAAAUUGGACGAUGAGGACAUUUCCGAUGCAAAAAUAAGUAAGGACAGAUCACCAUCUUCACCGACUGAUAAAAUAAGUGAUAAGUCUCGGUCACCAAGUAUUGUUGCCGAGAAACCAGACGAAAAAGAUAUCCUAGAAAGUAAAGAAUCCAAAGACAAAACUUCAUCCCCAACAAUCGGUGACAAGAUUGAGAGGCAUUCCAGAACUCCGAGCAUCAGUUCAGGUAAAUUGGACGAUGAGGACAUUUCCGAUGCAAAAAUAAGUAAGGACAGAUCUCCAUCUCCAUCGACUGAUAAAUUAAGUGACAAGUCUAGGUCACCAAGCGUCGCUGCUGAGAAACCAGAUGAAAAAGAAAUUCUAGAAAGCAAGGUACACAGGGACAGAACUCCAUCGCCGACAGUUAUUGAUGCAGUCCAUCCUCACUCUCGAACUCCUAGCAUCACUCCAGAGAAACUGGCUGACAAGAAAAUUUCUGAUGACAUGAUAAUUAAGGAUGCAUCUCCGUCUCCGUCAUCAGAUGAAAUAGGUGAAAAAUCUUGGUCACCGAGUAUCACUUCUGAGGCACCGGAUGAAAGAAUAAUUGCGGAACGAAAAGAUGAAAAGGAGAAGACUCCGUCCUCGAUAACUGGCGAUAAAACUGAUCGUCACUCUCGAACUUCUAGCAUCAGCUCUGAAAGACUAGAUGAUAAGGAUAUUGCUGAAGAUAAGAUAAUUACAGAGCGGCCAGCGUCUGCAGAAGUAGAUAAAAUAACUGAAAAACCUUCUGAAAAAUCAGAUGAUAGAGAUAUUCCUGAAAGCAAGCUGCAGAAGGACAAAACUCCGUCCCCAACGAUUAGCGAUAAAACUGACCAAGCUCCCAGUAUUAGUCCUGACAAAUUAGAUGCAAAGGAUAUUCCUAAGGAUAAAAUAUCUAAGGACGGAUCUCCGUCUCCAACAACAGAUACCGUGAGUGAAAAAUCUCGGUCACCUAGUGUAACUUCCGAAAAACCAGAUGAGAUGGAUAUACUUGACAGCAAGUCACAUAAGGCUAAAACUCCGUCCCCAACGACUGACGUCAAAACUGACCAAACUCAUAGUAUGAGUCCUGACGGACUGGAAGUCAAAGAUAUUCCUGAGGAUAAGACAAUCAAGGAAAAGUCUCCGUCUCCAACAACAGAUAAAAUGAGUGACAAGCCUCAGUCACCUAGUAUCACGUCCAAAAAAUUAGUUGAGAAGGACAAUCUUGAUAGUGAAUUGAAAAAAGACAAAUCUCCGUCCCCAACGACUGACGAUAAAACUGACCAACAUUCGCGAUCUACUAGCAUUAGUUCCGAGAAACUAGACGUCAAAGAAGAUCUGGAAGGCAAGGUGCCAAAGGACAGAUCUCCAUCUCCACGAACUGAGGAAACAAGUGAGAAAUCACGGUCACCAAAGGACAAAACUCCAUCGCCAACGAUCGUUGACACAGCCGAACGUCACUCUACAGAUUCUAGUAUCAGUUCUGAUAAACUGGAUACCAAAGACAUUCCUAAGGAUGAGCUAUCCAUGGACAAAUCUCCGUCUCCAUCAGCGGAUAAAAUGAGUGAUAAGUCUCGGUCGCCUAGCAUCACUUCCGAGAAACCAGAUGAAAGAGACGUCGAUGAAAGUAAGUUGCAAAAGGACACAACUCCGUCCCCAACAACUAGUGAUAAAAUUGAACGACACUCUCGAACUCCUAGUAUCAGCUCUGUGAAACUAGACGACAAGGACAUUCCAGACGUCAGUAAACAAAAAGAUAAGUCUCCGUCUCCCACUACCGAUAAAGCCACUGACAAGCCUCGAUCACCUGCAUUGAUUUCUGAGAUUCCUGAUGAACAAGAAAUCUCUGAAACUGAAGUGCAAAAGGACAAAUCUCCAACUCCAACAAUUGAGGACAAGACCGAUCGUCACUCCCGUACCUCUAGUAUCAGUUCUGAAAAAAUGGUAGAAAAAGAUAUUUCUGACGACAAGUCACUGAAAGAUAAAACUCCAUCUCCGACUGUUGACGAAUUGACGGUCAAUUCUCGCAUGCCCAGCAUCGUGCCCGAUGAACUAGGUGAUCAGCAUAUUUCAGGUGAUUCUCUACGGAAGGACAAAUCUCCUUCUUUAACACCGGAUAUAGAUGUUCACAAGUCACGAGCAUCCAGCAUUAGUUCUGUAAAGCUGGAUGAAAAAGUUACUUCUGAAUUUGAAUCUCAGAAAGACAAAUCUCCUUCUCCACCUUCUGGUAAAGUUGGUGAACAGUCAGAUAAGAAAAAGCUUGAUGAUGACGUACUAAAAGGAACAGCUCCUUCACCAACAGUGGACAAAAUUACGGAUGAUUCAAAGCGACCCAGUGUUACCACUGACAAAUUAGAAGCAGUCGCUACUCAUGCUGACAAACUACCAAAAGAACAAUCCCCACCCUCAUUGAUCGAUGAUAAAAAACCAAAAUCUCCAGGAUCUAGUGUCUUUAGUGAUAUUCCCGGUGAGAAAUCUAGGUCACCUAGUAUGUUCUCCGAUAAAUCGGGUGACGAGGACAUUCCUACUCACGAAAUUCACAAGGAUACAUCUCCAGUCCCAACUGAUGAUAAAGUCACCGAUGGAUCCCCAAAGCUGGAUAUUACCGAUCACAAGACAGAAGAAAAGAAUCUUCCUAAAGAACAUGUUGAAGCACACGAUAAGCCAGAAGACAAACCAGCGGUAUGUGAAACUCCUGUAAAGAAACUGGAUGUUAGUGAUGUCCCUGAAGAUAAAGAGGAUAAGGAAAAAUCACUCCUGCCGAAUACUGAUGCAUUUGACAAAACCAGGUCUCCUAGUAUAUCCACCGAAGAACCUCAAGUAAAAGAAAAAUCCCAGAGUCCCAGUCCUACCAGUGAAAAGUCUGAUGCCAAAAAACUUGAUCUGAAAAUAGAAAAAGACAAAUCUCCAUCUCCUGUGGUCGAAAAAGCUACAGAUAAAUCUAGGUCACAUAGCAUUGAAAGUGAAAAAGGUGACGUCAGGAUGUCAACCGAAGAACCAAAACCCCAUGAUAUUUCCGAUGACAAGUUUGAUGCCAACCUUGACGAAAAAUCCUCGAUAUCAUCACUCAGCCCUAGUAAAGUGAGUGACGUGCACGAAAAACUGCCAAGUGCACUCGAAGAUCAGCCCAAAACAGAACAUGCUGCUCACGAUGGUGAAACAAAAAUCACCAAAGACGACAAAGCGGAAUCUGUGUCAAAACCAUCUAGUACCGCUAGCGAUUUAUUGGAUGAAGUAGUUACUCAAACCCACGAAAAAGACGAUUUACCAAAAUCUCACAGCCCGUUGACACAGACGCACGACACAUUUAACGUUGAAGAUUUGACACCGACUCACCAGCCGGAAACACCCACUCAACUUUUGGUAAAGCCAGACGAUAAAGAGAGUAAGUCUCCGUUACCUAGCACUGAUGCAUUAACGGACAAACCUCGUUCACCAAGUAUCGUUGGUGAACAAUUAAAAUCUCCCAGCACCAAGCCACAGGCAAUAGAACCGAUAGAAACCGAUGAAAUUCCUGAAUCGCUUGCUGACGGAUCGGUUUAUGACGAACCGAAAUCUCCCAGAGAUAGAUCGCUUAGUCAUGACAGGUCUCCGAUGGACCGCUCCAGAUCUCAUAGUCUGUUUGAUUCAGGAGACAGAACACCUUUGGGACGUUCCAGAGCAGCAAGCUUAUUUGACGAUAAAUUGGAAGACAGGAUCGCGCUAUUAGAAUUUGACAGUCACGCGACACGACUUAGUAUUUCUGAAGAAACUGAUGAGGAUCGAUUACCACAAAAGGUAGAUGACUCCAAACCCGGUUCGAAAUCGCCCAGCGUUGGUAAUCUCGAAAGUCCAAGAACUUCAAUUGUCACCGAUCUCAAGAGCACUGAUUUCCCAUCUGCCAAGCGACUGGAAAUCGAACAGUAUAUACUUGAAGAGUUCAUAUUGAGAAACAGAAAGGUAACAUCAGAAAUUAUUCAAGAAAUCGUGGUGAAAAAAUCAGUUCCAAGAUACAUUGUCAUCGAGAUAAUCGAGGAAAUAAUUAUCAAGCGAAAGAUUCCCAGAGAAUCUGUGAUUGAGGUUCUCGAAACCGAAGAACUCGAGCCGGAGGAUAUGAAAGUUCAACCAAAGCAGACAGCUCUUGAAACAAAGGAAACUGAUGACGACAAAAAAGGUGGUCCAACUCCUGUUGAGGAUACAAAGCCAACAUCAGAAGACAAGAAGCCUCGUGAAGGCAUCACUGAUCAAGUCUCUGAUAUGAAAUCGGUAACGCCAACGGCACCAAGUACCGUCAGUGUCAAAACGAUUACACCUGAAUUGCACGUAAUCAAAAAGCGCAGUGUUCUCGAUGACAAGAGUCCAGAGUCUGAUGAAGUGAAGAAAAGUCCUCAUGAACCCAAAGCACCUCAGUCGGAAAAACUUACAAGCGUUAAAGAUGAUAGCCCAGAGUCAGAAGAAAUGAAAAUUAAGCGUCCUAGCAUCGUACAAGAUGAACAUUCAGGUUCUAAAUUGGAUUCGAAUAUUUCUGAAGAUCAAACCAAGCCAGAUGUGAAAGUUACUCCCGUAGUGGUACCGACGACUGAUGAAAGCAAAGAUAUUCGUCCCAAACAGUUGGAGGAAGAAGUGGUAAUGAUAACGGAUGCGAAGAGAACAGAGAUCGAGGAAUAUAUUAUGGAAGAAUACAUUAUUAAAGGCAGAAAAUUAACGCGAGAGAUUGUAGAAGAGAUUGUGAUAAAAAAAGGAGUACCCAGAUAUAUAAUUUUGGAAAUCAUUGAGGAAAUAAUCAUCAAACGAAGAAUUUCACGAGUAUCGGUAAUUGAUUUUCAUGAUGAGGAAACAUCCGAUAAGGAAGGUCUUGAGCCCACUGAUCGAUCGACGACUUCUUCAAUCAGUGAGAAGGAUGAUAUAAGGUUGAGAAAAUCGUCCGAAGACAGAUUUGAAAUAGUUACUGGCAAGUCAACUCCAGAGAUUUCAUCCGCCAAGGACCAGACGAUAGAUUUCUCUGGGAAAUCUACUCCGGAUUUGAAAUCGUCUUUGCUUUCUGAGAAAUAUUCCGACAAGUCUGGAUAUUCUUCUCCGGAUAUGAGACAAUUCGACGAAAGGUCUGGAAAAUCGACUCCAGAUUACAGAACAGAAUAUGAAAGCCAAUUUCACAAAGCAUUUAUUGGAGGGAUGACGGAAAUUAGAACUACGCACAUCACGACACUGUCCGGAAAGUCAACACCAGACUUUGGCGCAGGACGUGAAGAUACACCAGAACCAAAAUCAGAAUCGUGUGAACUGAAAUCAGACCAUUUACCUGGUGGACCUUUCGACACGGCCAUCCAUGACACCAAAAUUGUACCAUCAGAAGAAAAAUCAGCCGAGACUGUUCCAACUACGCAUGUUGACCCAGAUUCACACAAAGCAAAAGUUCCUGAGGUAUCAUCAGCAACAAAAACCACAGAUUCAGAACAUUCGAGUCCGGAGAAAACUUUCGAACAAUCAACAUUUAUUACAACAAUUUCGGAAAUAACCAAAGCAAAAUCUGAGCUGGUUACUAAAAUCAGUGAAUCUUCAGCAUCUUCCACUUCUACGGUAACAAACAAAACAGUUGUGUCUGAACACGAAUCGAAAGCACCUUCCGGUGCACCUGUUCCGGAAGAUACCAUCACAUCUCCGAGUACCAUUACCACGGUAAAGACGUCCGAAAUUGAAUCGGAUCCCGAAGCAAUCACUAAGGUUAUCAAGCGACAAAUUGAAACUCAUGAAACUCCUGAAACUGAAAUAAUAAUCAGAACGGUACGACAUGUAACUGAAGUCGAAGAAGAUGAGGCUAGUGUUACUGAAACCUCAACUACCGUAACGAAGACUGUCGAAGUUGAAUCAGAGCCAGAAAUUAUUACCAAAGUAAUAAGAGGUGAAAUCGAAUCGCAUGAGCCUUCGGAGACGCAAGUGAUUACUAGAACUAUAAAACACGUUACAGAAUCCGAAGAAAGUGCGCCGCAAAUCACUACAAAGGUCAUAAAACGCGAAAUAAUCCAACCUGCAGAUGAUUCAGUAUCACAUAGUCUUCCUGGUACUAAGCACCAGGCCCAGGGAUACGAACCGGACGCAAUGGAUACGAUUACGAGAACCAUUAGACACGUUACCGAGAUCGAGGAAGGAGAACCAGAAAUUAUCACGAAAGUGAUAAGGCGGGAAAUUGUUGAAUCUGAUGAUGCCACUGAACUAGAAUCGGAAGUAAUCACGAGGACGAUCCGGCGUGAAGUAGAGAUGCAUGAACCUUCGGAAACGGAAGUGAUUACGAGAACAGUCAAGCACGUUACCGAAGUUGAGGAACCUGACCCAGAAAUCAUCACGAAGGUAAUAAAACGAGAAAUUGUUGAACCUAGAGAUGAGAUCGAACUCGAGCCAGAAAUAAUCACAAGAAUAAUCCGGCGUGAAGUAGAGGAACAUGAACCUUCAGAAACCAAAGUGAUCACGAGAACGAUCAGACACGUGACCGAAAUCGAAGACGAUGAGCCAGAAAUUAUCACAAGAGUUAUUAGACGAGAAAUUCACAUUCCUGAUGGUGAACAACACGAUGUGGAUCACCCUGAAGGCAAAUUGGAAACAUCUGAGAUUAUAACUAAGUCGAUAAAGACAUCAGACGCGCCACCAGAAACAGUAAAAAGAAUAAUUAGUCGAGAAGGUACCCCAGAGGUUACUGAAACUAUUACAACUAGGACAACAAAGACGAUAAUUUCCGAAGCUGGUCCCCCAACAGAAACAAUAACAAAAACAACAACUACGACUGUAACUUCCGAUAUUGAGAAACCGGAACUAAUCACUCGCAUCAUAUCACGCGAAGGCACACCAGAAAUCUCAGAAACUAUUACAAGAACGACAAAAACAACUUCAUCAGAUGCUGGGCCUGAGUACAUCACCAAGAUCAUCAAUCGCGAAGGAACGCCAGAAAUUAUAAAAACUUCUGACGUCAAACGAAUCGUGACAACGGUGACAACGGUUACGGGACCUGAUGGGGAAUCUGUUACAACAAAGGAUGUAAAGGAGAGCAGUGACAAGUUGGACAGCGAAGACUUGCUGGAGAAACUGAUCGAUUCUUCUUCCGGCGAAACCAAAACCAGCGAGGAGAGAUUCGUUAGCGAGACUCCAGACGGACUCAAAACGGAGGAGAUAAUAAAGAGAACAGUCACCACAGUCACUUCCAGUUCAGGAACAUCCACUCCAGACGUGAAGACGUUCGUUGACUCUGGAAAGUCAACACCCGAUCACAAAGAAGAUAUGAAAAUUAAAACUCCGCCCAAGGAAGAUACGGCCAAGCCAAGUUCGGAAAUAUCCAGCGAUAAGUCAGGACCAGAAAUUCCAUCUUCACAUUUGAUAAAAGAUAUCAUUUCCGAGGAUAGAAGCUACUCUGGAAUGUCGUCGCCUGAUAUUUCGCUACCAAAGGAUUUAAUCUCGAUCGGAUCUACCGGAAAAUCAACUCCAGACAUUCCCGUAUCUCCGUUAAUCCGAGAUCCGACUUCGAUUCAAGGUAGAAUGUUAUCUGGAAGGUCGACACCUGAUAGAAAGUCUGAAGGAAGAUCCCGGACCGCAACUCCCGAAGGAUUCCGGUCCGGUGAAACGAUCAGAACGAUCAUAACCACGACGCGAACCAUGUCUGAAGAAGGUGACAUCAUAACCGUGACAAAGGAAGUUACAGAGAGUACUAACGAACAGGGUGAGACGGUGGUACUCGAGGAGAAGACUAACGUUAUACGAGACGAUAAACUACCCAGCAAAGAUGCAGGAGAGACUGCGAUCAGCAGCGUUAUUGGAAGCAUCAAAGCCUCGGAGCUAAAGAGGGGGUCGAGUCCUGGUUCCGACGUCAUGAGCGACCGAGAUAUCGGUCCGAUGAGUCCCAGGAGUGACAUCAGUAGCGGACAUAGUCGUGCAGCAACUCACGUCUGGGGAAGCAGCGAAGAAAGGCACACCUACUCAGACGAUGAACCACCCAGCUCGCCACUCAGUGCGACAUCCCAGUUCGGCUGCUCCCCUCAGCCACCAAGACACGAGUCGCCCAGGUACGAUUUGCCGCAUCUACCCCGUUACGAGUUGCCCUUCGACAAGGAGAAGGAGCACAAGACAGAGGGUAUCCAGAGUUCGAUGAUGAGCGGGAGCUUCUACGGUGAGCUUCCAGUUGAGCCAGGCACAACCUCGUCGACCAAGACUUCCCACACCAUGCCGAAGAACAGCGAACCGAUACCGAUCCAGGGUGAAUACUCAGUGAUGAAGAAAAGGUUUAUGGUUGAGAAGGAGUACGCCGGAGGCUACGACUACAGAGUCGAAGCGAAAAAGUACGUCGACGACGCGGACCUCGACUUUGACAAAGCGAUGAUGGAGCACAGAGAAAAGCGUGGCGAGGACCUCGUCUCGCACCACUAUUCAAACGGUGCAUCGGCCACGGUUUACACGAACGGUAAUGCUUCUGGUAAAGAUGCGACCACACCGACUACCGUUGAGACAAAGACAGUUGGUGAGAAGAAGAAGAGCGACCCAAUGGCCGCGUCAUUCAGCGCAGAAAAGGAAGGUGAGGAGGCCGGAAAAUCUGGAAAAGAUCCUCUCGAGGGUUGGGGUAAACCCCUCUACCUCCCGUCGCCCAAGCCGCCGAGGAAAUUCAACCUUCAACGACCAGUCGCCUCCACGAGCUCGGAGGAACUCAAUCCGGACAGUCUGAAGUUCGACGUGAUCAACAAUUGGGGAGAACCGCUGAGGCUUCCUUCUCCUGCCCCGGCCCCAACGAACGAGCUUCCGAAUAACGGUACUCCCGGAACGCCGAAGAAGGAGAGAAAACAGCCGAAAAAAGUGGUCUCGGAAAAUAACAAGAACAAAAAACGGUCAGAGAGCCCGAACAAAGUUGACAAGAAAUCAAAAGACACGAAGAACAAGGUUCAACCAGUCUACAUGGAUCUAACCUACGUUCCUCACCACGGCAACUCCUUCUACAGUUCACUCGAGUUCUUCAAGCGGAUUCGGGCUCGGUACUACGUCUUCAGCGGCACAGAACCCAGCCGAGAGGUCUACGACGCUUUGCUCGAAGCGAAAAAGACUUGGGAGGACAAAAAUUUGGAAGUGACCAUGAUCCCGACUUACGACACCGACACUCUCGGCUACUGGGUCGCCGACAAUGAGGAGGCGCUUGCGGCGAACCACAUCGACCUCUCGCCCUCAGCUUCUCGCUGCACAAUAAACCUCCAGGAUCAUGAGACUAGUUGCAGUGCCUACCGCCUCGAGUUCUAGGGAUUGGCAGCAUGCUCGGCCGUGAUAGUCGAGUUCUAGGCAGUCUUGUCAUUCAACGUCAACGCAAACUGAGCCUAGACUAGCGUAUGCCACGUAAGGAACUGGGGAUAAAGUUGAAAAAAAAAAAAAAGAAAAAUGAAACAGCAAAG